AUGUCUUUUAAUUCAGAAGAUCUUUAUUUGAAUAGAGCAAAAUUUGUUAUGAAAUAUCUUGGAGUUUGGGUUCCUCCUGAAAACGAAAAUUUCGCAAGGAAAUUUUACAAAGUUUUUAUGAUGUCCCUUCAACAUUUAUUUUUAUUUUUCCAGACAAUAUACAUAGUGGAAGUAUGGGGGGAUUUGGAAGCAGUUUCUCAAGCGUCGUACUUGCUAUUUACACAAGCCUGUCUGUGUUUUAAGAUAACAGUUUUUCAAUUAAACAUGAAUAAGCUCAAAGAACUGUUGAAGCUAAUGAACGGAUACGUUUUUCAGCCAAAGAAUAUUAUUCAACAAAACAUUAUAAAAGUACAAGCGAUACGAAUUAAGAGAUUGUUAUUUGCGUUCAUGAUAAGCUCCCAGUUGACAUGUGGCAUGUGGGCUCUGAAGCCGUUGUUCGACGAUGUCGGAAGUAGAAAAUUCCCUUUUGAUAUGUGGAUGCCAGUAUCUCCGGAGAGGUCACCACAUUACCAUUUAGGCUACUCAUUUCAGUUAGUAACGAUCUGUAUGAGUGCCUAUAUGUAUUUUGGUGUAGACAGCGUAGCCUUUUCUUCGGUCAUCUUUGGGUGCGCUCAAAUCGGUGUUAUAAAGGACAAAAUAAUGAGCAUAAAACCUUUGGGAAUAUACAAGAGUCAUAAAACGUAUACAAAAAUUUCACGGUACAACAGAAAAACUUUGAUCGAAUGUGUAAAACAUCAUCAAGCUGUGAUUUCAUUCACAGAACUAGUUGAAGACACGUAUAACUCUUACCUGCUGUUUCAACUGGUUGGCAGCGUUGGUAUUAUUUGUAUGUCGGCUCUUCGUAUUUUGGUGGUGGAUUGGCGCAGUGUCCAAUUUUUCUCAAUACUGUGCUAUUUAUCAGUAAUGAUAAGCCAAUUAUUUGUCUGCUGUUGGUGUGGACACGAACUUAGUGCUACGAGUGAAGAUCUCCACACGAUAUUGUACAACUGUGCGUGGUACGAUCAGGAUGUGAAAUUCAAAAGAGAUCUUAAUUUCAUGAUGGCGCGUGCUAGACGUCCCAUUUUACUCCGCGCUGGCUAUUAUAUCAGCCUGUCGAGGCAGAGCUUUGUUUCUAUCCUUCGCAUGUCUUACUCCUACUUUGCUGUCUUGAACCAAACGAAUAAAUGAGGAUACCGUCACAGUAGCUUCACAUAUUACAAUGCUUAAACUAUGGAAUGCACCAAAUUUAUUUGUGUUAUGAAUUGGAUUUGUGUCUUUAUGUCGAUCUAUCCGCCUAAGUCUAAUCUGUAUCUAAGUAUUUUUAUAAGAAAAAAUCACCUAAAACAUACUUAACGUUGUAAACAUAAUAAUUACGACGCAUAGUAGCCUGUAGCUGGUAAAUACAUGGGUAAAAUCCGUUUAAUAUCGAAAUAUUGGUUUGCGUUUACUGAAUUAAAUAUUUCAAGACAAUUUUAAACAAUCAAUCCGCAUUUAAGGACUUAAUCGUUGUUUGAUUGUUCUUUGUUUUCAUAACAAUCGAUCUACCGUAUAAUUUGCUAUGUCAUUGUGUAUCGGGUGUACUUAUCAACUGUAAAAUUUAAAAUGGAUAUAAUGAACCUUUGAUUUGGCUAGGAAAUUACGUUGUUAGGCCUUAUUGAAACUCUAGUACUUGGUUUAAUCAAUGCAGCUGGAAUAUAAAAAAAUAUAAUGGAACUAUAUCAAUAAAAAUCAAUUUUGGAAUAUAUUUGUGUAUGAAUUUUUGUUCUCUAUACGUUUCUAAGACAUUCAUCGGUUUGUGAUGAAACUAGUUGUU